ACUAAUGUGACAGACAGGCCAAAUAGUUUUUUUUACCGUAAAAAAAUGUAACAACAUAUAGGAGAUCCUAAAAUUUGAUAUUAGGAAUCCACGUUUCACACAGCACGGUGAAUUUGGAACGAGAAGACCUCCAAAACCACGAAAUUAUAGAAUCUGAGGUAUUGUUCAAACUCUCACACUCCCAAUCCUGUAUUACAAUCACAAGUGAGUAAAACAAAAGAGACAAGAGCCUAGUGAGAAUGGGGUUGAUAAUUACUAAAUGAAUAAAUAAGAUUUAGAAGAAGAAGAGGAGGAUGUUGCAAAGAGCGGCGAGCAACGCUUGUUCGUGGUGGUGGGCGAACCACAUCCGCAACAAGCAAACGAAAUGGCUCGAACAGAGCCUCCUCGACAUGGAGGACAAGGUGCAGUGCAUGCUGAAGCUGAUCGCGGAGGAUGGCGACUCCUUCGCCAAGAGGGCUGAGAUGUACUACAAGCGACGCCCCGAGCUCAUCGAUGCUGUGGAGGACUCCUACAAAGCAUUCAAGGCGCUGGCUGACCGCUACGACAUCAUCUCCAAAGAGCUCCAGAAUGCGAACAACACCAUCGCUACCGUCUUCCCCGACCAGGUCCAGCUCUCCAUGGACGACGGGGACGAUGACUGCCCCCCGACCAAACCAAUCCAAAAAGCCCCCACCAAGUCCACCAACAUCCCCAAAGCUCCCAAGGCAUCCAUGGACAGCCUCAAGAGCUUCAUCAACAACGCUUCCAAACAGUUCCAGCCUAAGAAAACCUUCUCUUCCAAGUCAAAGGCCCGCCCCAAGCCUCCUACCCCUAAAUCCGGCUUGACCAGAGACGAGGCUGCCCGCGAGAUCGACAGGGUCAACAAGGAGAUCCUCACCCUCCAGACCGUCAAGGAGUUCUGCAAAAGCUCCUACGAGAACGGCUUAGCCAAAUUCUACGAGAUUGAGAACCAGAUCGCGGAGAUGCAGGAGAAGGUCUCCCUGCUGCAGGACGAGUACGAGGUGGAGGAUGUGAUCGAUGAUGGAGAAGCCCGCACUCUGAUGGCCGAGGCCGCCUUGAAAUCCUGCAAGGAGACCCUCUCCGAGCUGCAGGAGAAGCAGGAAAACUCUGCCAAGGAGGCCCAAGACGAGUCCAAGAAGAUCAACGAGGCACGCGACCAGCUCCAGUCCCUCAGGCAAGACUGUAUCGAUGACGAACAAUAUGAAGAUAUGCCUGAUACCGACAGACAGGAUGUCACCUUGGGUUUCAUACAAGAGCUCAAUGACAUGGAGACCUUGACCUCCGACAAGAGCAUCGACCUCAGCUCCUCCGCAGCUCUGACAGUCACUCAGCUUGCUGAGAAGAUCGACGUGCUGGUGAACAAGGUCAUCAACCUGGAGACUGCGGUGUCGUCCCAGACUGUCCUAAUCAACACCAUGAGAUCAGAAUCGGACGAGCUACGGGAACAGAUCAAGCAGCUCGAGAGAGAUAAGGAGCAACCCGUGGGCGACAUGCACAGCCUCAGCAACAGGAUCAAGGAACUCGAGGACAAGCUCAGCAGGCUCGAGGAGCUCGACAGCAAUGUUGAAGCUCACAACAGCAAGCUCGAGGCCUACUUUUCCCACUGUCGCUGCAGCCUUGAUCACCUCUCAGAGAAGCUUGCCACUUUGAGGCUGGACGAGGAAGCUGAGGAAGCUGAUUCCUCGCAGAGUAAGCAUGAGAAGUCGAAGAAGAAGAAGAAGAAGGAGAGUAAGAAGAAGGAUAAGUCCAAGAAGAAGGAGACGAGAGACGAGAAAGAGGUGCCAGUAUCAGAUGAGGCCGACAUCGAAGUGGCGACAGAAGUUAAUAUGGACGAUGCUGGUGAUGAUGGCGGUGAUGAGAAUGUCAGCUCAUUGGAGAAAAAGCAGGAUGUUGGUAUGCUAAAGCCGCAUACCAACGAGGAGGAUCCCAUGCCUUACCAAGUUGACGAGAGUGACCUGAGCUGGCAGCAGCUGCUGCUGAACGGGGCAGAGGAUCGAGACAAGAUCCUGCUCAGAGAAUACACCACCAUCCUUAGGAACUACAAGGAUGUGAAGAGGAAGCUCAGUGAUACAGAGAAGAAGGACAGAGACAUUGAAUUCGACUUCACGAUGCAGCUGAGGGAGCUGAAACAAGCUAUCAUGAAGAGGGAUCAAGAGAUUCAGCAUCUCAAGCAGGAGCUAACCCUUGUGCAAGGAAACAAGGAUGGCAAAAAAGAGGAAGAGGGCGAAUCCCAAUCCGAAUCAGCAGAUGAGAGUGGCAAACAGGAACCAGGAACUCAAGACUUGGGCAUGGAAGAAAAGGAAAACUUUAUCCAGAUGAUCUUCAAGGUUAAUCCUCCUGGGAUUUCAGCUGUGGAGGAGAGGCUGCGGAUGAUGAUUGAUGCAAUACUAGAUGAGAACCUCGAUUUCUGGCUGAGGUUCAGCACGGCUUUUCACCAAGUCCAGAAAUUCAAGAGUGAGGCACAGGACUUAAUAGAUGAGAUAAAGAAGCUGAGGCGGAAGAAGAAGCAGGAAGGAGGCAUCACCUCGCAGCUUAAAUCAGAGGUCCGGCCAAUAUACAAGCACUUGAGGGAGAUUCAGACGGAGCUGACCAUGUGGCUGGAGCAGCGGGUCAGCCUCAAAGAUGAGCUCAAGCGCAGGUUCACGUCGCUGUGCAGCAUACAGGAGGAGAUCACCACAGCUCUCAAGGAAGGGGUUGAGGAGGACGAGAUCAUGUUCAGCAGCCAUCAAGCUGCAAAGCUGCAAGGUGAGAUUCUGAGCAUGAAACAGGAGAAUAAUAAGGUUAGGGAAGAGCUGCAGACAUGCCUAGAUCAUGUCAGUCAGCUGCAGCUUGAUAUUGAAAAGAAUCUGCGACAGUUGAAUCGCGAGUUCAGCAUCUGCACUGAUCAGCCACAGCUGCAGCACGCGAUAAGCAGGUCCAAGAUUCCUAUGAGAAACCUCAUAUUUGGAACCAAGGUCAAGAAGCAGAAACAGUCACUCUUCAACUUUAUGCACACUAAUAAAAAAGUGCAUGCUAUCAGAGCUUUUCCAGCUGUUUGAUCACUACCACCAGAUCUUGUUCCUCUCCAGUCCAGACUAUCAUUUAUUUUAUUUUUAAUUUCCUUAUUGUAAUUAGAAUUUGGUAUUUAGAUAGAUGAUAUUUUUGCCUUUUUUCUUUCCCUUUGUUCAUCUCUUGAAGCAGUUUCAGACUUUAGACUGUCAUCAAAUUUUCAUAA